AUGUGGUUAUGCAAAAGGGGACUGAGUGUUAAUGAUACAACUAAAUGUGAUGUUCCAUGUAAAGAUUUUUACAUGUUAUUUUUAAGUAAUAAAAAAGAGAAAAUUAAAUGUGGAACAUUUUUUGGUUAUAUCUUUUUAAGUAAAUUUAUGAAAUUGUCAAUUUCUCUUCUUUUACUUGCAUUAAUUCAGAAUAUACUAUUAAGCAAUGUUUCUUUAAUUUCUGGAUCACACUUAUAUAAGAGAAAUUCAAGAAAAUUUGCUGAGGGAUAUAUGAAGGGAUCUGGAUCAGAAAAAAAUGUAUAUCUUUCAAAUAAAAAUAAAGAAAUUAAUAUGAACCAACAAUCAGAUAAUAAAAUGUGUGAUGAAUGUGAUGAUAUGAAUCAACCAGGAGAUGUAAAUAAAAAUGACAAAACAUCAAAUGAUCAAGCAAAUUCAAGUGAUUCUGAUUGUGAGCCCUUACCAUUUGGAUUAAAACCUUCAGAUUUAAAUAGAAAAGUUACAGAAGAAGAUUUAGAAAGAAUGAUAAUAGAAUUACCAGGAAAAUUAGAAAGGAAAGAUAUGUAUUUAAUAUGGCAUUAUAGUCAUUCUCUUUUGAGAGAUAAAUUUAAUAAAAUGAAAAGUUCGUUAUGGAGUAUUUGUGGGAAAUUAGCUCAUGAACAUAAGUUACCAUUCAAAAUUAAAAUGAAGAAAUGGUGGAAAUGUUGUGGUCAUGUUACAGAUGAAUUAUUAAUAAAAGAGCAUGAUGAUUAUAAUUCUAUAUAUAAUUAUAUUAAUAAUGAAUCAUCAAGUCGUGAACAAUUUCUUAUAUUUCUUAAUAUGAUAAAGCAUUCAUGGACAACAUUUACUAUGGAGACUUUUAUUAAAUGUAAGAUUUCUUUAGAAAAUAACAUGAGAAAUGUUACAAAUUAA